AUGUUCUCAAGGAAAAUCUCUGCGGUGCAAUCGUUUGAGCCUUCGUCAUCGUCAAAAUUUUCGCCCUCAUCAACGACAACGCACACGAUGAGUGAACAAAUUUUCGUCCUAAUGGAAGUCUUCAAAAGGUGCGAUCCAGUCUCGACCAGACGAAGCGCUGAAGUUUGUCGUCGUUGGCGCCAAGUGAUCGCGAGCGGAACGGGAAACGAAACAAAUCAGUCUCAAGGUCAAAACAACAACAAUAACAAUAAACAAAUGCAUGACGAUCGUCGGCUUCGCAUUGCACAUUUUGGCCGAAUCUAUGUCACCGAUCGGAAGCGAAUAAUCCUGGAGCGUUUACGGACGAAAAUCGAGGUCCAAGAGGAAGCUGAAAUAGCGAAUACGAGGAUGCGACACGGGAUUCAGCCUGGUUUUUCAAUGUCAAACAGUAAAAAUGGCUCGUUGAAAGUUCUCCAAAUGCAACCCCCAUCACAAAUGGAUUCGGUUUAUGUGGACGAACGAGUGGCGGACAGCUCACAGCGCACGAGUUGGGCUUUUUCGUGGAACAUUCGACCAUGGAUUGAUGAGUAUGAUAUACAAGAGGUCGUUUUUCAUAACUUUUGCGCUUUUCUUGAGCGAGAGAUCACUGAAAUGGCUGACCCAACACCGAUUCAAUCGACGAGUCGCGAGGCUUUACUGACGCAAUCGCAUGGUAGCAGUGCAUACUUGCACACUCCUUCCUACUCACCAGGCAAUUCUCCAUCACAUAAUGGUGUCAUCGGCACUCAACCGUCCACACCAAUGAAUCAGCCGCAACAAGAGAUCCGUGAUGUGAACACUCUACCAGAUGUGAAUAUUUGGAAUGGAGAAACGAUGGAGGAACUCCUAAACCUUUCGUCGGGUCGAAUCGAGCGUCUAGCGCAAGUGCUUUCGGCGAUCAAUCCACUUCAUCUUGUAAUCAAAGACACAACGCGACGGAUGCGUCGACCGAUUCGAAUCGUUUUCUUUGCUAUCAAAUUACUACGAAACAAUCUACGGCGGUUAACACUCGAGAAUCUAACGGGCAAUGAAACAGUCGAGUUGGCGAAAUGGUUGAGUUUAGGCGGAUUGGAGAAACUCGUCAUUAAACAACCGUCAUCACAUACAGCUUUCACUGUUAACGAGCAACUCUUGUUCAAAUGGUUACGUUUACCAGAAACUCGCCGAACAAAGAUCAACAUUGAAUUUCAUGGUUGCCGAGAGUUGACUGCUGAGGGUUUAGCAAAGUUUAUUAAGGCCUGGCAAUUGACUCCCGAGAUUUGCGAGUUUGAAACGAUCAAAAUCGAUUGCGCCACUCUGCAACCGGUCGAGUUUCUCGCUGUCGUCAGCAAAAAGCCAAACGAGCGCCUCUCAUCAACGCUUUUCGAAGAAUUUUCUCUACGAGCCGCCCUCAAUCACCGAAAAAUGAUUUUCCAACAUGAGCGCAAUGGUGCAGUCAUCAAAUUUUCAGCUGAUCAGAAAAUGAUGACUCUACAAUGUGUUCGGACUCAAGUCACUCAGCCGAUGAUCAGUCGACGCUCAGCGCCACUCAUUCAGACGCUCGAGCAUCGUCAUCAGGCUCGUCUCGGCGCUCAUGAUGGGAAGGGAUCGUUGGCGAAUCUUUUGUCAACCGGUGAUGUGGGCGGACUAGUGAAAUCCCUGUUCGCUAGUCCUGAGUCGAGAAAACGAGUCACGCAGAUUGCA